GAAAUAUAUAUAUAUGAUAUAAGCAACGAAUAUGGACAGUACGAGUUAUGGCGGGAUCACAGUAAAAUCCAAUUAUUACUGCUUGGCGGAGAUACUUCGAACUCUUCCUUUCUAUAUUUUACGCACAAGGCAGCUAUUGAAGUCCAGUAUAUGUUGAAAUCAUUAUGACCUGACGAUAUACGAUAACGUUUCAAGGUCAUUUCUGCUAAUCAUAUUUUAUUACCGAAUUCCUUAUCCAAGUAAAUUCUAAUUUUCAUAUGCAUAUAUACACGACGACAUUGUUUAAACAUUUACAUUUUAUUUUAUACGAUUUCGUUACUUGUCCAAAAAAGAAAAAAAAGAAGAAAAGGAGGAAAAAGAAAGAUAGUAAUUAACGUAAAUGGAAAUAUUUGUGUUAUCAAAAAACAUACGUGUAUAUGUACAAGUGUGAUAUAAUAUUGUGUUUUUUCAUAACCUAUUCUUCAUUCGCACGUAAACGUAGUUUAAAUAUACAUGGUGAAUUGUUAUUCAGAAUAGAAAAUAUUGAUUGUUGUGAUAUUAAGAAGUGAUAACAAAAGAUGUUAAGAAUAAGAAGCUGAAAACAAUGUAUCAACAAAAAGUACAUCCUACCAAAAGGAAUCUUAUAAAUGAAGGCAUCAUACAAAUUGGUGCUGGUGGUUCUGCAGGCUUUGUUGAAGUUUGUGUAAUGCAUCCAAUGGAUCUUAUCAAAACACGAUUUCAACUUCAAGUUAGAAUGCAAGCAGCAGAUGCCACUUAUUACACAGGCAUUAUAGAUUGUAUGCAUAAGAUGUGUAAAACUGAAGGUAUUACUGCAUUGUGGAAAGGAUUGCUUCCACCAAUCAUUGUAGAAACACCUAAAAGAGCAGUGAAAUUUUUUACAUUCGAACAAUACAAACAAUUCUUUUUAUUUGGUGCUGCGUCGCCUACUCCUUUGACAUUCUCAUGCGCUGGCUUCUUUGCUGGAAUUACGGAAGGAAUUUUGGUGAAUCCUUUUGAAGUUAUCAAAAUAAAGCAACAAUCAAAUCGUGUAGGAAGACCAUCAACUGCUAUUGUAACAAGAGAAAUCGUAUCAAAAUAUGGAUUUGGAUUAAAUGGGCUUUAUAAAGGAUUAACUGCCACUAUGAUGAGAAAUGCCGUAUUUAAUUCUUUUUAUUUUGGAUUUUAUCAUUCUGUAAAAAGUUACAUACCAGUAAAUAAAGAACCUUUGCUUGAAUUCGUAACUAAGGUCGGUCUAGGUUUUGUGUCAGGUACAGUAGCUUCUUGUUUGAAUAUACCUUUUGAUGUCGCUAAAAGUCGUAUACAAGGACCACAAGGAAAUAUACAAUACAAGGGAACACUAAAUACUAUAUGUAUUAUUUAUAAAAACGAAGGUUUCAAAGCUUUAUACAAAGGUUUAUUGCCAAAAGUAUUGAGAUUGGGCCCAGGUGGAGCUAUUAUGCUUGUAGUUUAUGAUUAUAUGCAUGAAUAUCUUACUAAUAAAUUUUCAUAUUGAUUUUUAUGCUACAUAAUGUACACAAUAAGUCUAAAACAUUAAAUAUAUUAAUAAGUAAUUCAUAUUCUUUUACAGUAUAAUAAAAAAUUUGCAUUUUUUAUUACGACAAUAACAAUCUAAUAGUUAAUCUAAUAGUAUUAUACUUUAUUACAGAAAAUUAAUAAUUACUUUGUAAUAAUAUUUUUCCUAUUUAUAUGCAAUCUUAUUAUUGAAUUUUUAAGAUUAAGUUUAUAAACAAAUAUACAAAUUUCAAGUUUUAGUCAUCUAAUAUUUUAUCUAGCCAGAUUUCAAGAUCAAUUGGUUUAGUUGAUAAGGUAGCGGACUGCGUUUUGAGUUCUACAAAUAAAAAUUCAUAAAUUAUAAGUAAAAAUAAAUCAAAUAAUUCAAUGAUACAAGAGAUUUAUAAAAUAUGCAAAAAAACAGAGUUUAUAUAUUUUAUUAAAAUAUUUAAAAAAAUAAAUUAAUUAAAUUACCAUUUUUAGAAAAUACAUCUGUUGAGGCCAUUUGUUUCUUAUUGCUUUGUAAGGUGGAUGAUUUAAGAGACAAUAAGAAAUCUAAACUUUCUUCUGUAUCACUAUCGUCACUUUUAUUUUGUAUCUUAGGUUCAAAUGUUUUAUUAUCUGUCAUAGACUUUUCAAGAUUUAAAUUCAUCUCUAGUUUUUCUUUACUUUCUCUAUCUAAUGAUUUAUUAAAAUUCAUUGUAUUAGAUGAACUAGAAAUUUCUAAAUUAGAUAGAAUAUCAUUAUAAGCUUCUUUUCCUUCUUCAACAGCAUUGUAGAAACUCGUUAAUUGAUCAGCCUAUAAUAUACAUUUAUACAAAAUAUAUAAAUUAUAUAGCAACAUAAUUUGAUAAAGAAUAAUAUUAUGUGUAACGUCGAUAUGAAAAUACUUACUGUGAAAUAUUCAUCCUUUAUUUUAACACAUUCAUUAAAAGGUAUGCAUCUCAUAGCAGCAGAAAGUAAGUUUAAAUCUAGAGUAAAAUAGUCAAAACAUCCUAAUACAUCUGCAGACCAAUUCUUUUCACAUUUAAAAACAAAUUGUCCAUCCAUCGAAAUUGGUUGGUUUAUAAAAGCUUCAAAAUCUUUACUUUUGUCAUCAGCUUUUGCGUUAUUGUCAUACUCAGCAUAAGAUUGUUUAGGUUGUACUAAUAAUUGUGGUUUUUCCUUAGGUUCUGUUUUCUUUUGUGGACGUUUCCCUCCACCAUUUUUACGAUAAUUUUUCAUGUUACUCAUAUUUUUUAUAAAAUAAAAAUACACUUGUUACACGUUAACAAUAGUGACAAAAGAUUUUGUUAUUUAAUCUUUUUUUUUGACUUCAAUUAUGACAAAAGAUAUUGUUAUUUAAUCUUUUUUCUGACUUAUCUACGUGAUAGAAGUACGAACAUUUGUUGAAUUAAAAAAAGAAAAAUUUAAAUAAAAAAGAAAAAGAAACAACAGGAAAAUAAGGGUAACGAAAAUAGAACAGUGGAGGAUUAACAAGAGUAACUGGAAGUAAUGGCAUUAAAUCCGAAAUGGCUGCCAUAUUAGAUUUUUCAAACAGUUUUUAAACGAUUGUAUAACAAAUUCGUGAAGACAACAGUGUAAAUAAAAAUGAGUUAGUUAUAGUGUUUGUGAAGGAUCAAAGAAAAAUAAUUGCCAAAAACAAGAAAAAAAAGAAAAAAGAAAAAUAAAAAAUAGAUAUCUUUUACGUCUAAAUGAGAUUAUAUAAACAGCGCAUGAUUAGUGAUGGAAUUAUAGGUUAGGAUUAUGUCAAUGAAAUAACGAAGAACAUAUUGAUAUAAAACGAUCGAAUAAUCAAUGCCAAGACUUUUUUUAAUUAACAAUAAUAUCUUAUGUUUAAACAUUGUUACGAAAUUUUUUUAAUUAUGUCAGAUUUGUAAAAGUUAUUAGUAAAUCAGAUGACAUCACGUUGGACGUAGUUAUCGUCUAUAAUAAAAAAGAUUGAAAAUUAUUUAUAAAGAAAAUCAAAUAAUCAAGGUAUUCAUAUUUAAAAUUUCCCGCGAUUUUGAUUUGCGUGUUGUUGCGUUGAUGUAACGGGAGUAACUCAGUCAGUUGCUUGUCAUUCGGUCGGUUGGUUGGUCUUUCGUUUUGUCCACGGUUGGUUGAAAAGAACAGCGCCGCGAUUAACAGCGCUUGAAGAACGUUUACAAUUGCAACAAUAAGUCGAACGUAAAAAAAAAUAAAUACGAAUCGAAGAAAUAAACGCCAUAUUAUACGCUGACGAGUGAACUCGUUUGUUGUACUCGUUUUGGUAAAGAGAGAAAAACAUUUCUUAUCGGUGAAAGAACGUAAUUAUAAAAGGGGGAGGUUAGGGAGGGGGUGUGGUACGUUUCAAUGAUCGUACUACUACGUUGACCGACAUUAUGCGUAUACGUGAAGUUAGCCAUACUCCGCUGAAUAUGGUGAGUUAACGAUGGAUGUAAGAAGAAGUCUCGCAAGAAAACGUGACACGUCUUGUCAGUUGAUGGAAGACGAAAGUAGUAGUAGGCGAGGCGGGGCGGGGCGUGGCGCAGUGUGACGAGAAGGAAGUUGUGUGCUAUGGUGAAGUGUGUUGAGACGAGGAGAGGUGGGGGCGAGAGAAAAUAUGGCGAAUCGAAAUCAGACGAAUAUCUUAUUAGUCUUUUCAUUUUGCCUUUUUAAACGCUUUCUAUCGUGAUGAUAUAGUCUAGAAAUCCUUUUAAAAGAAAUGACCUAAAUCUACUUAACGCUUUUCCUUCUCUAUUGACUUUCAAUAUUCUUUAAGUCGACGAAGUAUCGUGUGUUCAUAGUUUAGCAGUAACUUGUACAGAGAGAACUGUAGUUACGAUAAUAUAAAAAGUAAAAGAAAUAAAAAUGAUUAUGUAGACUAAUUUAUAGAUAAAUAAAAAGGGAUGUAAAUUUAUAUAAGUAGAAACGUUGAUAAAUUCAUAUGUCUUUUAUCGGUUUAGUUUAAUAAAAUCAGUAAAAAAGAUAGUUAUAUGAAAGAGAAAAAGAGAGAGAGAGGUGGGGAGUGUAAAGCGCCAUCGUGUGGCUGGGAACAGAAUUGCAGGGUGACACAUGGCCGCCGGGGUGGCAGCUACGUAGGGGGUGAUUCUUCUCCUUAAAUCGAAAUGAAAAAAAAAAAAGAAA